CGCCGUCGGUGCAAGUGCCGCUGGUGUCGGAUUCCCUCGAUGCCAAGAAUCAGUUCGUGCUCAAUACAGGCCGAGUGGUGCCUGUUUAUUUAUAGUUCGAUCGCUCGCGCAACUUUCCCAGGAUCGCGUGUCUGUGUCUAUGUGUAUAAAUGUGUUCGCUCGCUCGCGGCGACCCUUUUAAACUUAUCCCGAUUUGAUCCACGAAAAUUCAAGGCCAGCAGCAGCUCUAUCAUCGAUAAUCCUCAAGAACUCACGUACUCCCUCGAACGCGUAUAAUAAUCAUAAUAAGAUGAGUGAAUCCGUCAAAGUGGCCGUAAGAUGCCGGCCUAUGAAUCACAGAGAGCUCCAGCACAAGUGUCGGAGCGUCGUGACGGUCGACGGGACGAGCCGCAGCUGCAGCCUCGCCGAAGUUGGCACCGGGGGUGGCAAUGGCAAAGUCUACCAGUUCGACGCGGCCUUCGGGCCCGAGAUCGCGACCGAGACCGUCUACGAGGAGCUGGGCUCGUACGUGGUCGAGGCCGUGCUCGAGGGCUACAACGGCACCGUGUUCGCCUACGGCCAGACGGGCUGCGGCAAGUCCCACACGAUGCGCGGCUUCAUCGAGCGAGCACUCGAGCACCUGUUCGAGGCCACCUCGACGGCGAGCUCGGACACGCGCUACCUGGCCCUGCUCACCUACCUCGAGAUCUACAACGAGAAGCUGCGUGAUCUGCUGCAGCCCGGCGCCGCCGAGCAGACCGAGAAUCUGCUCCACCUCAAGGAGGACCCGGUGAGGGGCACCUACGUCGCCGGCGGACUGAGGGAGGUCACCGUCAAGGACGCCCGCGAGUGCGCCCGACUCGUGGAGCAGGGCGAUCGUAGGCGAGCCGCCGCCGCCACCAAGAUGAACGCCGCCAGCUCGAGGAGUCACGCGGUGCUCACCAUCUCGCUCGAGGCCAUCGCCAUCGGGCCCGAGAUGGCCGACGCCUCCUCGGCCGUGAGGCGGGGACGACUGCACCUGGUCGAUCUGGCCGGCAGCGAGAGACAGGGCCGCACCGGUGCCACGGGCGAUCGACUCAAGGAAGCGGCCAGCAUCAAUUUGAGCCUGUCGGCCCUGGGCAACGUCAUAAGCGCCCUGGCGGCUGGCAACGGACGACACGUGCCCUACCGGGACUCGAAGCUGACGAGGCUGCUGCGCGACAGUUUGGGUGGCAACGCGCGCACCCUCAUGAUCGCCUGCGUCUCGCCGAGCGACGCCGACGCCGAGGAGACCCUGAGCACCCUGAGGUACGCCGCUCGGGCGCGCUGCAUCAAGAACAAGCCCAUCGUCAACGAGGACCCCAAGGACGCCCUCCUCAGGCAGUACCAGCUCGAGCUGCAGAGGCUGAGGAAGCUCCUGGAGUCGAGCAACAGUGAGACCGGCAUCGGUGCCGUCAACGCCGAUGAACAGCAGCAGCAGCGGACGACGAUAGCGACGCCGAACGCCGUCGCCUCGUCCGAUUCCAGAAGCAACGACAGGAGAGCCUCGCUGCAGACCCUCAAGAACGAGGCCGGCGAUCCAGUGAGCGAAGUGCUGGUGCUGGACUCGCCGCCGAACAACGCGGCGGACCCGGACGAGCGCGAGGAGCGUAGGCGCAGGAAGCGCGAGGCCGCCAAGCAGGAGGUGCUGCGCCGACUGGAGCGCCUGACGAUCGGCGGCGAGGCUUUGGGUGACGUGGAGAUCCGUCGGCGCAGGGAGCGCAGGCGCAGACGGCUCCAGGCCCUGGCCGAGGCUCUCGAGACGAGCAGCAAGGAGGGCAGCGGCGCGGCCGCCUUCGAGGUCUACGGACAGCUCAAGUCCACCGAGGACGCGCUGAAACGCAUGGCCAAGCGGGCCAAGCAGCUCGAGGCCGAGGCCGCCGAUCUGCAGGCCUCCUGGGACGAGGAGCGUCGGGAGCUGCUGCGACGCGAGCUACUGGCCCAGCAGAUCUGCGACGCGAUGAUUCCGCAUCUGCGACCGGGCUGUCCGCUGCGCGACGUGGCGGCGAUCAGGGCCGCGGCCUCCUGGUGCACCGAACUCGGCCGCUGGCGACUGCCCGACGUCUCCUCGAGCUCGUCGCGCAUACCGCUGCCGCCGGCCUCGCUGCAGAGCCCACCGCCCGGCGAGCUCAGAUCGGACCUCAACGGCAACGGCCACGUCAACAGCAACAACGACGAUGAUCCGGGUCUGGGUCUCGAGGAGGACAACGACGAGCUCGAGGAGAGCAGCGAGUCGCCGGCGCGCAGCCUGUGGCACACCGCGGCCGAGAACAUAGCCGAUCGCUACUUCAAGAGGCGCAGUCGGCUCGACGAGAUCCUCGCCCGAGUCCGAGAGGCCAAGAGUUUCGACGGUGGCGGUCGAGCGAGCAAGUCCGGCUCGUCGUCGGAGGAGACUCAGGCUCAGCUCGUGCCCAUCAACGCGCCGAACGCCAUGAACGGCGGUGGCAACGGCACCAAUGGACUUCAGAAACUCGACUCUCUCUUUCAUCUCGGAGCUGGAGGAGGAAGCAUCGAGCGGCUACCGAAAAAAGUCGGCGGCUGGAUAAGCGAGGAUUCGCAGCCACAGCAGCAGCAGCAGCAGCAGCAGCAGCAACAGCUGACCUUCUCGCCCGAUAGUCCGCCCUACAAGAGGACCAACGGGCCGCCACCGCCGCUGCAGCAGCCGCAUCCACGAGUCCUCGAGGCUCUGCCGUCGUAUCCGCAGAUAUCCAUUCCCAAGCUGCAGGGCUGAUAGUAACUCUCGUCCUCGCUGAUUUCGCGAGGACGAGUCCCACAGAGGAUGGCUGUAUUUUUUUUUUUUUUG